AUGGAUCAAAACAUUAAAGUGGCCAAGAAAUUUUGGAAGAUGAUCAAAGUGGUCUACUUCAUGCUAAGAAAAGGCUUCUCCAAGGCCAAAUUAUUAGCCAAUCUCAACACCAUGCUCAAGCGCGGCAAGAUCGCCGGAAAAGCCGCCAUGCACCACCUCAUCCACCACGACGGCGCCGCCUCCGGCGGCGGCGGCAGCCACCACCACCACGAGGUGGAACUCUCCUACCCGAUGCCGUUAAACGAGUACGAAUUUAGCUGCAGCAAUACCCCCAAGUUCCACCUCCCCUUCCACCUCAACAAGCGUAGACGCGCCGCCGUCCGUACUCCGGUGCCGCCGUCCCCCGACGACGACGGCGACCUUUUCAUGGAGGCCCUCGAGAUGGUGAGCAGCCGGAUGGCCUCCCCGGCGCUCCCCGGAUUCGGACGGACGCCGAUGGCGAGGCAGUUGAGGAUAACGGACUCGCCGUUUCCUAUUAUGGACGAAGACGGCGGCGGCGGCGCCGCCGGCAGAGUCGAUGAGGCGGCGGAGAAGUUUAUAUCGAAAUUUUAUAGGGAAUUAAAGCAGCAGAAAUGA